AUGGUUUUAUUAGGAGAUAUUAUACAACUGCAACAGAACUUUUCUAAUCUAACAACUUCAAUACCAAGUUUAGAUAAUCUAAUAUUUCAAACUCAAGUGAAAAACAAGAUUUAUGAUGUUCAGUCAGCACCUAGUUGUAAUGGCAUGUAUAUGGUAUUGUGCGCGUUAAUGGCAUCACAUUUGAGAGAGAAUAGACCUAUAGUAUUAAUUGAUACAAUGAACAAGUUCCCUUUACAAUUUCUUAAACUACAACCACAUUUUCAACAGUCUUGGUUAGAUAAUAUCACUUAUUAUAGAUGUGAUACAUUUGCUAAAUUAUACUCGACAUUGAUUGAUGUGACGAUACCGUCUGACACUAUACUUAUAAUAAACGAAUUUCAUCAAUUGUUGCAAGUGUAUAAAUUGGAAUUAUCUUCGAUAUAUGAAGAUCUUAUACUAAAACAUCACAUUGAAAUUAACGAUACAUUUAUUAACAAUAAAAAAACUCAAGACAAGGAUCCAUUACCUGAACUACCUAGCAAUUCAGACCUUUUAAAAUCAAGUCCAAUUGUAAAAUACGAAUCACAUGUGAAUUCAUUAAUAACUAAUUUGAAAAAUAAAUGUAUAAAUCUGAAUGCAAUGGUAUUUUUAUUAGGGUAUUUGGACACAAAAUACCGACCCUACAAAGCAGCAACAAAGCAAGAAUUAGUAGAAUCAUUCAAUUCGAUGUCGCCGACACCGUCCUCAUCUUCACUUUCCUCAUUUAGUGAAAAGGGAAGAGUUGUAUUAUCACCAUUUAAAACUCACAAAAGUCUUGAUAUCAAGUUAAUCUUCUAUCAUGAUUGGUAUCAUAAUUCACCACAUUUUAGAAAUCAAUAUUGCAAAACAACAAAUUCAGAGAAAACCACCCCCACCACCACAAUCGAUGAAUACCAAUUGAGAUUAGUAUAUGCGGCACAAAUUAUGAUGUUUCAGAUGAAUUCAUCUUCUACUACUAAUUCUUCGAAUCCUGUUUUUUUUGAUGCUGAUAAUGAGUUUUACAGUCAAACGUCCGAUAACACAUAUGACGAGCUUUUUGACAACCACAGCAAUAAUAAACAAAAUCACUAUACUAUGAUAGAUUUAAAUCAACAAUACACAGUUCCUGAUAUUUCAUCUUCUCCCAACGUUGAAGAUCUUACAAUGCUAAAUGCAACCAAUGCUGAAUGCAGUUUUAUAGUUGAAAAAAUCGGAACCCCUACAGCUAUAGACACUCAUGAUAUAAUAGAAGAUUCGGAAGACGAAUUACCUAUAAUCAGUACAAAUAGUAUGUCAACUUAG